AUGUCAGAUGAUAGAGCAGCUGAAGUCAAGGAGCAGAUGGCCAGUCUCCUACAAGCCGGGUUCAUUCAAGACCUCACCUACUCGACCUGGCUUUUAAAUGUGGUGCUGGUUAGAAAUCCUAACAGGAAAUGGAGGAUGUGCAUGGAUUAUUCAGACCUCAACAUAGCCUACCCCAAAGACUCCUUCCCGCUGCCCAGCAUUGAUAACCUGGUUGACUCGACGUCUAGGUACAAGUAUCUGAGCUUUAUGGACGCGUACUCCGGUUACAACCAGAUACCAAUGCACCCACCCGACGAAGAAAAAAUAGCGUUCAUCAUGCCAAAUGGCAUUUACUACUACACAUCCAUCAAGUACGAGUUUUCGGUGUCAAACAACCAGGCUGAAUACGAAGCUAUCAUAGCAGGAGUUACCAAAGCCAAAGAACUAGGGAUAAUCACUCAAUUCAGAAUCCUGGAUAUCUUAAUCUCUGAAAACGGCACCCAAUUCGCCAAUAAAAGGUUCAAAAGUUUCCUCGAAGGUCUGGGGAUUCGGCAGCAUUUCUCCUCGGUAGAACACCCACAAGCCAACGACCAAGUUAAAGCUGCUAACAAGUGCAGAGGCCGUAAUUCUGGUAGAAGUCAAGAUCCCAGUCCCAGAUUUCUCCUCGGAGUCACCGACUAUGACAAAGAAAAAGACCUACUGGACAAAGUUCGAGAAUUCGCCCACCUGAGAGAAUUGGCCCUCAAGCAAUGGUUAGCCCUCAGGGACUCAAAAUCUGGGAGAAGGGAAGCUUGCGGCAAACUGGGAGAGUCCCUACCAGGUCCGCGAAGUAUAUGGCAAGGGAGCCUAUCAACUAGAGCAACUGGAUGGUUCCGUCAUCCUGUGAUCAUGGAACGUCGCCAACUUUAA